UUCAACUGCUGUGUAAAAACACAAAAAGAAAACAUGAAGUACAUUCUGGUCUGUCUGCUGCUUGUUGGCAGCACGUUUGCAGACGAAGAUGACAAAAAGGAAGACGUGGGGACUGUGGUUGGCAUUGAUCUAGGAACAACAUACUCAUGUGUUGGAGUCUUCAAGAAUGGGCGUGUAGAGAUAAUUGCCAAUGACCAGGGCAACAGAAUAACUCCAUCCUAUGUGGCCUUCACACCUGAAGGAGAACGUCUUAUAGGUGAUGCAGCAAAGAAUCAGUUGACCUCCAAUCCUGAGAACACAGUGUUUGAUGCUAAGCGUCUGAUUGGCCGAACAUGGAAUGAUCCUUCUGUUCAGCAGGAUAUCAAAUACCUGCCUUUCAAGGUCUUUGAAAAGAAGUCUAAACCUCAUAUUCAGGUUGAUAUUGGAGGAGGACAAACAAAGACCUUUGCCCCAGAAGAAAUUUCAGCUAUGGUUCUGACCAAGAUGAAGGAGACUGCAGAAGCCUAUUUGGGAAGGAAGGUUACUCAUGCUGUUGUCACUGUGCCAGCAUAUUUUAAUGAUGCCCAGCGCCAAGCUACAAAAGAUGCUGGUACCAUUGCUGGACUGAAUGUCAUGAGAAUAAUCAAUGAGCCGACCGCUGCUGCAAUUGCUUAUGGACUGGACAAAAGGGAGGGCGAGAAGAACAUCCUGGUAUUUGACCUGGGUGGUGGAACCUUUGAUGUCUCCCUUCUGACAAUUGAUAAUGGUGUCUUUGAAGUUGUGGCUACCAAUGGGGACACUCACCUGGGUGGUGAAGACUUUGACCAGCGGGUGAUGGAACACUUCAUUAAACUGUACAAGAAGAAAACUGGGAAGGACGUUCGGAAGGACAACCGGGCUGUUCAGAAGCUGCGGCGAGAAGUGGAGAAAGCAAAGCGUGCACUCUCUUCUCAGCAUCAGGCCAGGAUUGAGAUUGAAUCUUUCUUCGAAGGGGAAGACUUCUCAGAGACCUUGACCAGGGCCAAGUUUGAAGAACUGAACAUGGAUCUCUUCCGUUCCACCAUGAAACCUGUCCAGAAAGUCCUAGAGGAUGCAGACCUAAAGAAGUCUGACAUUGAUGAAAUUGUUCUUGUUGGUGGCUCUACUCGAAUCCCCAAGAUACAGCAGCUUGUGAAGGAAUUUUUCAAUGGGAAGGAGCCCUCUCGAGGCAUCAAUCCAGAUGAAGCAGUAGCUUAUGGUGCUGCUGUCCAGGCUGGUGUGCUCUCUGGGGAUCAAGAUACUGGUGAUCUGGUGCUGCUUGAUGUCUGCCCUCUAACCCUUGGCAUUGAGACAGUCGGUGGAGUCAUGACCAAGCUUAUCCCAAGGAACACUGUUGUACCCACCAAGAAAUCACAGAUCUUUUCCACUGCUUCAGAUAACCAGCCAACUGUGACAAUCAAGGUCUUUGAAGGAGAACGUCCUCUCACAAAGGAUAACCAUCUGCUGGGAACCUUUGACCUGACUGGUAUCCCUCCUGCGCCUCGGGGCGUCCCCCAGAUCGAGGUCACCUUUGAAAUAGAUGUGAAUGGAAUCCUGCGUGUUACAGCUGAGGACAAAGGCACAGGGAACAAAAAUAAGAUCACCAUCACCAAUGAUCAGAACCGUCUAACUCCAGAAGAAAUUGAGAGGAUGGUCAACGAUGCAGAGAAAUUUGCAGACGAGGACAAAAAGCUGAAAGAGCGGAUUGAUGCCAGGAAUGAGCUGGAAAGCUACGCCUACUCACUGAAAAAUCAGAUUGGGGAUAAGGAGAAACUAGGAGGCAAGCUAUCAUCUGAAGACAAAGACACGAUAGAAAAGGCUGUGGAAGAGAAGAUUGAAUGGCUUGAGAGUCAUCAAGAUGCAGAGAUUGAAGACUUCAAAGCACAGAAGAAGGAACUGGAAGAGGUGGUGCAGCCUAUUGUGGGCAAGCUGUAUGGUGGUGCAGCCCCUCCCCCUGGCGAAGAGGAGGCAACAGGGGAGAAAGAUGAAUUGUAGGCCUCUGUCUUCUGAAUGUUACCACUGUAAAUAUUGGACUUGGAACUUUUGUUAAACUAUUGAACUCUGGAAUGUGAUCAGAAUCUUCACUCGUGUGGAGUUGGAAAUGCUAGCCCAAAGUGGCUGUUUACUGCUUUUCAUUAGCAGCUGAUAAAUGUUGGGGAGGGGUGGGGGAAGGCUAACUCA